CACAGCUGCUGUCUGGGUUGUUUCAACCCGGAAAAUGAUUUUUGGGGCACUUUUAGAGCAGCAUGCAUAUGCAGGACACAGACAGGCAGGAGGUCUCUGUGUCUGUAGCAGCAUCUCCGGUGAGGCUGGGGGACACCACCUCAUCUACACGCACCACCAGCACCGUGGUACACCAAGUUUGUGGCCUCUCACCACUGCUCUUCUCUCUCUACACAAACAACUGCACCUCAACGCACCCAGUUGUCAAACUCGUGAAGUUUGCAGACGACACCACAGUCAUCGGCCUCAUCAAAGACGGUAACGAGUCUGCGUAUCGACAGGAAGUGGAGUGGCUGGAGCUGUGGUGCGUCCGACACAACCUGGAGCUGAACACGCUCAAGACUGUAGAGAUCAUCGUGGACUUCAGGAGGCAUCCUUCGCCACAUCUGCCCCUCACGCUGUCCAACUGCCCUGUGUCAGCUGUCGAGACCAAGUUCCUCGGAAUUAGAGUCUCUGAGGACCUGAAGUGGGAGAUCAACAUCAAUUCCAUCCUCAAAAAGGCCCAGCAGAGGACGUACUUCCUGCGGCUUCUGAGGAUGCAUGGCCUGCCACAGGAGCUGGUGAGGCAGUUCUACACAGCAGUCAUCGAGUCAGUCCUGUGUUCAUCCAUCACAGUCUGGUUUGGUGCUGCUACAAAAAAGGACAAACUCUGACUGCUGAAAAGAUUCCCGGUACCCCCCUACCCACCCUUGAGGACUUGCACGCUGCCAGAACUAAGACAAGAGCGUGCAAAAUCCUCUUGGACCCUCCACAUCCUGGUCACCACCUCUUCCAGCUCCUUCCCUCAGGUAUGCGCUAUCGAUCAAUGCAAACUAGAACAAGCAGACAUUCCAACAGCUUCUUCCCUCUUGCCAUUAACUUCUUAAGCAGUCAACUUUCAAUUCCAUUGUAACAUGCUGCCAAUUUGUCUUGAAAUUGUAGGCACAUCUCUGUCGGGCCAAUUAUACUGUACAUUACUCGUGCACUCACUGUAGUAGUCCACCUUGCACUACUUGAAUUUCGGUUGUUUUCCAAUACUGGCCACUCAUGUGCUUGAGAAGCAUCUGCACCAUUUGCACAAUUGACAUUGUCCCAGAUUAUUUACUACUAGUCACUUUAAACUGCACAAAUUUCUAGAAGUCUCUGCGCCAUUUGCACAUUGGUCACUGCACCAGACUAUUGUUCUAUUAGUCAUUUCAAACUGCUCUAAUUGUUAUAGGACAGUUGUCAAAAAACAAAAACAAAACUGUACCGGCAUUACCACAUAUACUUGUAACCUUUUAUUGCUCAAUGACUGUGUUUUUAUGUUUUUAUGUCUCAAAGGUCAUACUACUGCAGC